AAGAAGACAGAGCUUUCGAUGAUUGGUUCCUUGCAAUGGCAAUAUCAGGCUCAGACACUCCAAACCCACCGAGCAAAGUGACCGCCCCGACCGAAACCCACUGCGUUAAAUGCGAGUGUUGCGGUUUCACGGAGGAAUGCACCGUUGCUUACGUCACGCGUGUCCGGGAACGUUACCAGGGCCGUUGGAUUUGCGGUCUGUGCAUCGAGGCGGUCAAAGACGAGGCCCUGAGAUCGGAGACGCUUAUCUCCGCCGAGGAAGCGUUGGAGCGACACAUCCGUUUCUGCGAGAAGUUUAGGGCGUGGAGUCCUUCGGAUAAGACGGAGGACCCCAUUUUCGCCAUGGUAAGGAUUCUCCGUCGAAGCCUGGAUUCGCCCAGGGCUCUUAGGACUAAAUCGAGUAGCGUGUUGCCUGGGCUUGAAGGAGUUAAGCGCCCUCAUCUGCUUCGAUCUGAAAGCUGUUUCUCAGCUCUUUCUAUUUGAUUUACAUUCUAAACAAACCCAAGUUCAA